AUGCGUCAUUGCACACGGAUGUACUCUCAGGUUGAGUUUCUUGACGAGUACAGCUGGGAAGGAAGAAUGGAAUAUCGGAAACGCAAAGCUAGGGAUUCGCACAGCAGCGAACGAGAAAACAAGUACAGAAGAACUCAUCGACAUCACAAGACAAGUGACGGUUUCUUUCUGGAGAAUCGCAGUUUGAACCACAGCGUGGACUCCAGAGGCAGGGACACCUGGGAGCCCAGUUUGGAUACGGCCUCCGCAGAGGACAGUCGUGACCGCGUCUACAAGGAGCGAGAUCGAGACUGGCACCAUUACAGCAAGUCUUCCGGACGAAGCGGGCGCAGCGGAAGAAGCCGACGGAGCAGACACAGAGACAGACGGCACAGGCGCAGCCACUCCCGUCACAGGUCCUCCUCGAGGAGGAGCCAUCGCCGCAGGAAAAGAUCCAGGAGUGUUGAGGAUGAUGACGAGGGUCACCUCAUCUAUCACAAUGGAGACAUGCUGAAAGCGAGAUAUGAGAUUGUGUGUACUCUUGGAGAGGGUGCCUUUGGGAAGGUUGUCGAAUGCCUCGAUCGCCUCAAUAACGGCGCUCGAGUGGCUCUGAAGAUCAUAAAAAACAUUGAUCGUUACCGUGAUGCAGCAAAGUCUGAGGUUGCUGUGCUUGAACAUCUUAAGUCCCUCGAUGCUCAGGGCAAAUACGCUUGUGUUCACAUGCUAGACUGGUUUGACUACCACGGGCACAUCUGCAUCGCCUUUGAGCUGCUCGGCCUCAGUACCUAUGAUUUCCUCAAGGAGAACAACUUCAUUCCUUUACCCAUAGAGCACAUCCGAAAAAUGGCUUAUCAGAUCAUUCGCGCUGUUAGAUUUCUGCACAAAAACAAGUUGACCCACACAGACCUGAAGCCUGAAAACAUUCUCUUCAUUGAUUCAGCAUACGAUCUGGAUUACAAUCCAACCAAGAAACGUGAUGAACGGACAUUGAAGAGACCUGAUAUAAAAAUAGUGGAUUUUGGAAACGCGACGUAUGAACAUGAGCAUCACACAUCUGUGGUGUCCACACGUCAUUACCGUGCUCCGGAGGUCAUUUUAGAUCUUGGCUGGGAUCACUCGUGCGAUGUCUGGAGCGUGGGCUGCAUCCUCAUCGAAUACUACCUCGGUUCAACUCUUUUCCAGACUCACGACAGCAAGGAACACCUGGCUAUGAUGGAGAGGGUUCUCGGCCCGAUUCCUUCAAAUCUCCUCCAGAAAACCAGGAAGCAGCGGUAUCUCCACCACAACAAACUGGACUGGGAUGUCGACAGCUCCGGUGGUCGAUAUGUCAGAAAACACUGCAAACCACUCAGGCGGUACAUGGUGUCUCAAAGCGAGGCGCAUCAGCAGCUGUUCGACCUCCUGGAGAAGUUAAUGGAGUACGACCCAGCUAAGCGCAUCACGUUGGAUAAAGCGCUUCAACACCCCUUUUUCGCCUGCUACCAAUAG